AUGGAUUUUUGGGAUGGCUGGAAGCUGAGCUACCUGACUCAGGCCUUCACCAACCAGCCCGCAUCGCUGACGGGGAUGGAUAUGGGCAGCGCUAAGGAGAUCGCCAGCGAGCAGACCCUAGUCUGGGAAGCCCUGGCCCUGAGCGCACAGUUGAAGGACUUCGUGGUGGAAGAGAUGCAGGACCGAAGCAAAAUCAUGCGAUGGCGUGAGGCUGUCGAGGAGACCAAGAAGCUGAGCAUCACAUCCCUGGACCAGCUGGAGGUCGGCCGGGACUACAAGACCGAGCAGGGGAUCCCCAUCAAGCGGCUACCCACCAACGAGCUCGACCUCGCGGGCAAGAUCCUGCUCAAGAUCCUGCCGCAGCUCGAUGGCCGAACAGGCGUCACCCUACUCAAAGCCUAUUUCGCCGAGGGCACGGGCAAGAUGGCGAUUGAGUCGUUCUCGAUGCUGACGUUCAACGAGGGCAUCGGCAUCGCCCUGCACCGCAAGGACGUCGAUAAGGUGGCCGCACAGGACGUGUUUCUGGUCUUCUCGCUCGAGGAGAUCCCGCUCGACCAGAAGUACGUCGUGGCGCCGCGCGAGCGCAAGGGCGAAGUGGAGGCCGGCGAGCGACGGAUCAAGAUCAAGCGGAUAUCGGUCAAGGACGUCUACAUCAGCUACCGACGCCGGGAGCUGGUCGUGGGCGGCAAGCUGGCGGCCGAGGCUCGCGCCGGGCUCAACCUCGGAUCCAUGGUGGGUGUGCUCAACCGCGAGCUCAAGCUCAACUUCAACAUGGCCGGCAACAUGGGCCACAUGGGUACCGGCGGAGGCCACCUGGCUCUGGGCGGCGUGCGAAAGAAGAUCGACUUCAGCUCCAUGGGCUCUGCUGGGUCGGCGUCGUCAGCAUUGGCCUCGCCCGCCUCGCCAAGUCGUGCCUCUUCUCCCGCAUCGCGCAAGACAGUCGACCCGAGCAGCCCCUCGGCCGGCACCAAGCGCAAGAUCGACGACAAGGAGAACGAGCCCAACGGUGCGACGGCAUCGUCGCCCUCGCGCGGAUCUCCUGCGCGCGGGUCUGCGCUGACGCCCGUCAAGUCUUCGACUUCGCCGUCCAAGCGCGCCAGGCCCAGCCCGCUUCGAGUCAAGCUCGAGCAGGCGACCGCGCCCGCUGCUUCUUCCCCUCUCGCCUCCAGCACUGCCGCCUCCGCCUCUGUUAUCCCCUCCUCGUCUGUCGCGCCGCCCUCCGCCUCUGUCGCCCCCGUUCUCGCUCCCGUCUCCGCUUCCCUGCCCUCAGCCGUCGCUCACGUGCCCGCGAGAGUCGCAUCCCGCACCAAGCCCCGGCCUUCCGUCUCGAUGGGCCUGUUGGACCUCCUACCCACUCCUCCCCCCGCUGCCGCAGUCGCCUCAGCACCUCCCGCCGCCGCUGCUCCUGCUCCUGUAGCGCAGCCCUCGGUCAAGCCGCCGACCUCGCUCCCCGUCUCGUCCAAGCCGGCGGCUGCUGCGCCGGCUCCGGUGUCGCGUCGCCAGCCCAUGACCAUGAAACCCGUCUCUGCCACUCAGGGCCUCAAGGACCUCUUCGCCCCGGCCCCGGCCGCCUCUGGGUCCGCCGGCGCGAGCGGUAGCGCCAACUCCGACUCAACGACAUCGACGAGGUCUGGGUCGAUCUCGGCGCUGCCCUUCUCCUAUAUUCCCUACGCCACGAUCGACCCGUCGGCACUCGCGGCCAAGGCCGCCGCUGCGGCGGCGACCGGGAGUGCCACC